AUGAUCGCUUCUACAGUCUUAUUCACCGCUGCUCUCGCCGGUUUCUCCGUCGCAUCGCCUAUCAACGUCGCUAGAGAUCUCAAAGCUUACAAGACCGACGUCACGAUUCACGAAAGUUGUAACACUACCCAAAGGCGAAUGCUUGAGAAAGCCCUAAGUGAUACAUGGGAAGUUGCCACUUUCGCUCAAGAAUACGUCUAUACCAAUGGACCUGAAGAUCCAGUAUUCCAGAAAUACUUUGGUACCGAAAAGGGGGCCUACUCUACUGUUUUAGGAGUCUGGGAAAGUUUCUUGACCAGUAACAAGGAAGGUGUACUUCUCCGAUGUGAUAAUAUUGAUGGUAAUUGCGGCCAAGUAGGAUGGAGAGGACAUUGGAGGGGUGACAACGCUACACUCGAGACAGUAAUCUGUGAUGCUUCAUACACUGAUCGAUUCUACAACGAAUACUUCUGCAUGAACGGUUAUACGGUCGCUGGAAGUCCCCUAGGUACCCAUUGGUCUAUCGAUCUGAUUCACCGAAUGUUCCACGUUCCCACAGUCACGAACGAGCUGGUAGGACACUACUCCGAGGAUUACGCAUCAGCUCUUGAACUCGCUGAACACAACUCUACUUACUCACCUAUGGAUUCUGAUGCUCUUCAAGCUUUUGCUGCUCUUGCCAAGGGCGGUGACUCGUGCAUCGGCACUGCACCUGAAGCUGAUCACUCUCAUGAUACGGCUACAUCCACUUCUGCCGCAGCAGCUUCGUCCAGCACCGCUGCAUCUGCCUCUCCUGCAGCUACUUCUGCCACUGCUGCCGCUGCCGCUGCUCCAGCAGCAUCAUCCGAUGCUAACGCAGGCAAAGACUGUCACACACAUGCCAACGGUGGUAAGUGCAUCCUCUAG